UCCUCCUGUGUUCUGCUCUCGGCUCGCACGGGCCCACCCGCACGGGAAAGAAGAAACUUAGCGGGACAGCGAUGGUGCUCGCCUCGGCGGCGGAAGAUGUGGCUGCUGGCCGUGUAGGGGAGCCGGGGACGCGGUCAAUGUGACAUUCGCCCGCACGGUCGCGUUGGGUUUAUUGUUCUGGGUCCUGUGUCCUGCGUGCAGACGCAGCGCAGCGGUCCCCUCUCUCGCCCCGGGAAGAUGUUGAGCCGAUUCAUGAGUGGCAGCAUCAGGAACCUGGAGCGGGAGUACAGCUGCACCGUGAGACUGCUGGACGACUCGGAGUACACAUGCACCAUUCAGCGUGACGCAAAGGGACAGUAUCUGCUUGACCUCAUCUGCCACCACCUCAACUUGCUGGAGAAAGACUAUUUUGGCAUCAGAUAUGUGGAUCCGGACAAGCAGCGGCACUGGUUGGAGGUCACAAAAUCAAUUGCAAAGCAAAUGAAAUCUCAGCCUCCGUUCACCAUGUGUCUGAGACUCAAGUUCUACCCUCCUAAUCCCGCUGCUCUGAAGGAGGAGAUCACUCGAUACCUUGUCUUCCUGCAAAUCAAGAGAGACCUCUACCACGGUCGGCUCCUGUGUAAAACCUCGGAUGCGGCCAUGCUUGCUGCACACAUCCUUCAAGCUGAGAUCGGUAACUAUGACCCCGGCAAACAUCCUGAAGGUUACAGCUCCAAAUUCCACUUUUUCCCCAAACACUCGGAGAAGCUGGAGCGCCGGAUCGCAGACCUACACAAGACGGAGCUGAUUGGACAGUCACCUGAAACAUCAGAGCGGAACUUCCUGCAGAAAGCCCAGAUGCUGGAGACAUAUGGUGUUGAUCCGCAUCCGUGCAAGGACGUGUCUGGGAACCCGGCGUUCCUCGCCUUCACGCCGUUUGGUUUUGUGGUGCUUCAGGGAAACAAGCAAGUCCACUUUCUCAAAUGGGACGAGGUGACCAAACUGAAGUUCGAGGGCAAGACCUUCCACAUACAUGCGAACCAGAAGGAGGUGAGAGCAUGGCUUGUUGGAUGUGCAGAUAAGAGUCUAAGUUCUAAUGAUGUGGAGAUUUGUUCAGCCUCUGUUUAUUAUAUUUUCCUGCACACUCUCUUAUUUUUCAACGUGCAGGACAAACAGAUCAUCCUGACAUACUUCGCACCCACUCCGGAGGCAUGCAAGCACCUUUGGAAAUGCGGAGUGGAGCACCAGGCUUUCUACAAGCUUGAGAAGUCCAGUCAGGUUCGGACGGUGUCCAGCAGCAACCUGUUCUUCAAGGGCAGCCGUUUCCGUUACAGUGGACGCGUGGCUAAAGAGGUGAUGGAGCAGAGUGCCAAAAUCAAACGCGAACCUCCAGAAAUACACAGGGCUGGCCUCGUGCCCAGCAGGAGUUGCCCAUCCAUCACCCACGGGCCUCGCCUCACCAGUGUGCCGCGCACGCGUCGGAGAGCUGUGCACAUAUCUAUCAUGGAGGGUCUGGAGUCCUUGCGUGACAGUGCCCACUCCACGCCGGUGCGUUCAGUGUCCCACUGUGACUCGUUCAUGCCGCGCUCCCGGAGCCAGGCCACAGAUCGCAGUGACGGCACGGCGGUGAUCUCGGACGAGGCCUACAGCCCCUCCAGCAGCGUCCUGCCCACCCCGGUGGCCGAGCACAGCAUGGACCCGGCUGUCUCGCGCCAGAUCAACGGGGCACCCUGCAGCAUCGAAGAGGAGAAGGAGUCAGAGGCUGGCAAAGCCAAGCGCGGGGAUGGGGGUGAUUUUGGUGCGGACGGUAAAUCCGCACAGGAGGGUGCAGGGGGGGACUCGACCCUCACCGAGGUGGAACAGGUGAAUAAGUUUAUCUUAAGUGUCCUCCGUUUGCUGCUUGUCACCAUUGGACUCCUCUUUGUCUUGCUCCUCCUCCUCAUCAUCCUCACCGAGUCAGACCUCGACGUAGCAUUUUUACGUGACAUCCGCAAGACCCCCGAGUUUGAGCAGUUCCAUUACGAAUAUUUUUGUCCCCUCAGGCGGUGGUUUGCCUGCAAGCUCCGCUGGGUGGGCGGGUUGCUCAUUAACAAUUGAGGGGGAGGUCGUAGCGUUCGUAAACCUGUUCGGGGGUCUGAGAAGACGGUUAGGACCCCGGAGGGAUGGAGGAGGGCGGCUUCGUCCCAACCAUGAACCCUGCUUCUCCCAUCGUCCGCCUGCAGACACACAGCUUGGACCACUCCUGCUAAAAGACCAGGCCAACGUCUCUCUCCCCCUCCUCCACUUUAAGUUACUCCCCUCCUCAACACCCAACCACCACCAACUCGUUUUGCUUCUUUUAUCCGUUUUUUUUUCAUUCUUUUUUUUUACCACAAAGCCAGGGGACAUAUUUUUGUUGCAUAUUUUUUUAAUUUUAUUUCAAGUCAUUUCAGGUAUUUUUAUUUUUUCAAAUAACAUAAAGGAAAAAAAAUUCCAACUGAAACUAAAGAACUGAAGGAUUUUGAACCAUCCUCUUUACAGGAGCUGGAGAAGUUGUCGAAAUGGAUGAACGUUGCCUUCAGUUAUUAUUUAUUGCUGUCAAACGUGUAUUUUCAUUAGAAGAGGAGAAGAGAUGACGAGGUGAUCGAGGAAGUUGUCAUGAAGAGAUGGAAGGGAGUUAGGUUAGAGUCGAUAUGCUGCUGUGAUUUAUAUGUGAGGAAGAGUAAUGAUAAAAUCUUCUGAUACUGAUCCGUCCCCAUCAGACAAACAGCAGGAAAAACUAAAUAGGAAUAAAAGUGAAGGUUGGUGAAACAGGGAAGAGUCGGGGGGUGAUUAACAAAUGCCUUUUUCGAGAGGGUGUCGAAGACUGUUUUCAGUUUUGAAUUUUGUGGAUUGUUUUAAGACACAAUUACACUUCAGUAUAUUAGCGUGUACAAAGGGAACUGGUGAAGAUCAGAGUUGUUUUUUUUCUAAGGAUAUGGAAAAAUAAAAUCAGUACCAAUAGUGUUAUGUGACGCAGUCGUUUCAGAUGAGGUUAGACAUGUUCGAUGAAGAGCAAAGAUUCACUGGCACCAGUAGAGUCAUAGUCUAGAGAUAGAUGGUUUAAAUAAUGAAGAACUUUUGAAAUGUCCUCAUUUGUCUUUCUGUUUAUUUCUCUGAUUUAAUUUGAUUUGCAUUUUCUCAUCAAGUUGAAAUUCAAUGAAUUUCAAUGAUUUCUUUGUAUGGAGAGUUAAUGAUUUAUUUAGGUUUCAUAUCAACCAUGCUCUUAGGUUAAUGUAUUAUACUAUAUUAUUAUUAUUACUAGAAUAAGAGUUACAAUGUACUUUUUGUACAAAUUAGUUUGUUUCCUAAUAUAUAUUGAAGUUUUCCAUGUAUAUUUUAACAGAACUGAAAUGUUAUUUUGUUAUUGAAGAUUAAAUUAUACUUUUUUUAGCAAUGUGUUUCAAGUAAGGUCAAAAGAAUUCAUGGAAAUGAGGAAGGGUUUUUAUCCAGAUCCACUGAUAACGACUCUCAUCCCUCCACCAGCAGUGACCCGGUUUUAAACAUGUAUUUUUACAGUAUACCUUAAGGAGAUAUCAUUAUACCACAUAUGCCAAUAUACCAAAUAAUCCAAAAUCACAUUUUCACUUUUCAUAACUUUAACAUUUGUACUUGUACUUUAAGAGUUUGUAGAGGUGACAUGAGCCUGACCAGAGACACAGAGUCUGCAGCGAAAAAAUAUAACCUCCCACUAAAAAUUCAGUAAAACUGUUAGAAUUCAUUAUAAUUCCAAAGUGUAUUUAAAUGUUUAAAACUAGAGCUGAAGCUGAUUAAUUGAUGAUUAGUGAUUGUGCAUUAACUUCCAUUUAUUUUGACAAAAUUCACAAUUAUUGUCAUAUUUCAAGCUAAAAUAUCAGUGUAAUGUGAUUUCAGUUUUUUUCGACGACAACAAAAAAGUCGUCAAUUUAUCUCAUUGGGCUGAAAAUAGCCUGUGGGAUGGAAGUUAAAAUGUUCGUUGAUGAAUGAAACUCUAAACAUUUGUUUCAAACUUGUAAAUAACAAGUUAGAGAUGACAACAUUUUAUGAGACUAGAAAAGUAACUUUUUUGGUGAAGGAAACAUUUUAAAUAUAGUUAAUUUAUUCCCUUGAUUUUUCUAUACCACCAGCAAAUAUUAAAGCAGAUAUCAAUAUAUUUAUAAUAACCUAUAUUAAAAAAUAAUAUCUGUGUUUUGAUUGGUCGGUCAGGCUCUGGAUUUGUUAGCCUCAUAUUUCCAGGGGGCAGUUACCGCUCCUGGCUGCUGGAUCCUGGGUAAAAUCAGUUUGUUUGUUUUUCGCGUUUACCUCCUGUACCGAGUGCAGGCUGUUAAGUGUAGAUGUGUUUGUAAGAAGGAAUGGAAAUCAAGGUGACAGAAAUUGGCAUCUAGACAAAGAAGAGGAACUAAAAAAAUGUCCAAUUUCCAUAUUUUGCUAUGAAAGGAGGAGGAAAGGUGGAAAGGGGUGAAAAUGUAAGCGAGGACUGAGGGAAAUGAGAAGAUCAGUCUGCUCCUUUGAAAGUGCCAUUUUUAAAAAGCGUGUGGUGACUCACCACUCUAAUGGCUGCACAGGGUUGCUUGUCUUGCUUGUUUUUAGUCUAUUUCAAACCCCACACCCCGACUGCACCGGCACCUGCAGCUGCUGCACUGAUGCAGCCCCGACGGUGCUAUACCUACUUCUGUAUCUGCUCCUGUGUAAUCCGAGCCUGUCAGUCCUCGGCUACAGUCGUAGCCCCGACCACAGAGCAGCGUGCACUUUGGCGUUGUGGCUGGAUCCACCCCACUGGCUCCUUCACAAACCAUCAUUAUCUGCUGUGGAGGGAACCGGGAACAUCUGACCGUAAGAGCAGAGCUGGAAAGCAACCAGUCAUAUGUCAGAGCUUAUUUAUUACAAAUAAACUUUGAUCCAUUAUCACAGAUGCAAUGAUAAAGCACAGCUCUCCUAACAAGGAGCGAGUGAGUGUCUCUUUUUUUUGUGUGUACAUUCAUAAUUAAUAUUUAUUACUUCUUUUACUGACAUAAAGGUCAACGUGACUUGGCCGGUGCAGCCAGGCCGAGUUGUUAGCAGGACGUCUGUUAAAGGUCAGUGUGCAGAGGUGUUUCUCAUCCAUCAGGACAGGUUUACACAUCAGCCUUAUGUAGCUUCUCUGAACAUGCAACAGUUUCUAAAGACAAAGGCAGCGUUAUUCAAGGAGCAAUAAUCCGCUGUGAGAGCAAAAAGAUGUGAUGUUAAGUGUUUGAAAAUCAAAUGGUGAAUUAUGUCCUUUUCCUGUGUCUUGAAAACCACUGUUACCAAAUUGCUGUACUCUUAACAACCAUGUGACCACUGAGACACUUAGUUACAGCUGCGUUCAGUCAUGACAUUUUAUAAAAAUCCUUUUUCCCCUUGGAGACGUCUCGUGUGGGUGUUUGUUUCCUUUACAUCGCUCAGUGACAGAUUGUUCCCCCCUUCCCAUGCUUGGAUCCUGACAGUUUUUACCAAAGUGGCAAGGAUGAAGGAAAGGAGACCGAAAAGACACAAACGUCCACUGUCUUACACGCAGCUCCGCUCCUCACAUCUCCCAGGCCGAGAGAGAGACGGGGAAACUGUUCAUCUCUGUCCGAAUCUGUGACGGACACUUCAUUCACAAUUCAUUAAGGUUUCAGUUGCUGAGUCAUGUUGACAUGUUUUCUUUUACUUCACGGGAGAUGGAUUCAGGUUGGGCCACGUGUGAACUGAGAAUCGAGUUUGAAUGUCAUCCAUGGUUUAUAUAAUAAAUCCCUCCGUCCCCCUGAAAAGCAAUAAUGAAGGUACAGCUGUGCAAAAACAUGUGUGCAUUUGAAGAUGAAGCACUGAUACUUGUCUGUAGAAUCAAAACAAAAGGGGAUGGAGUCAAUAACAAAAACACCUGCAUGAUAAAGUGUUAUUCCUGAAAAUAAACAAAGUUCAGAGGCAGCGUUGCCAGAUGGGAAAUGUUGAAGUAUCAUACCAGAGGCUUAAAGUUCUCUUAUUCUGGGGUAAAUUUCUAAUCAAUCAUUAGACAAACAGUAUAUAAAUAAUGCUUUCAUAAAACACAUACAUGUUGAGAGGAUCAGUGUUUGCUGGAGAGAUGUGUAAAAAACAGGCAGAUGCAUGAUUCUCAUUCACAGAACUGGAUUGAAUCACCUAUUUUUCCAGCCCAAACACCAUCAUUAAAAGAUGGAAUUAUUGUUCUGGUGACAGAGGGUUAUUUUUUAGGUUUUCUGUUGUGGAGAUAUUUCACUGGACUGCACCUUACUCUGAGGUGUUCUUGUUAUUUUGUCCCUUUUCCCUGUUGUGAUCAAUUCUUUCAGGUUUCUUGAAAGAAUGUGACAUAACCAGGACUUAAGUUUCAUUGGCUGCCCUUCAAACUUCAUGAAUGUGAUGGAAGUGAAUUGCUAAACCAAUCUGGAUGAUCAAAACUCAAGUUUCACACACAAUUGGCUCCUUGAAUCUGGUUUCUGGCACUAGUCUGUCAUAUUAAAGUGGAUGUUUGAUGCACAGAGGGGUUUAUGAUAAGAGAAGACAUCUUGGAUCUGCCUUCUUCCAGCUCCCAGUAGAGAAACCCCUCACCCAACCGUGCACAUACUCAGUGUAUAAGCAUAUUCAUGUCUGGUGGUGUGUCGUUCUAUCC